UUCCGGAAAGCGAAUUGUUUUCAUUUUCAUAAUCUCUUAGCGCCGUGGCCGCAGUUUAUUAUGACUCACAAAUAAGAUUUCAGGACGUUUUGUUUCACCGAAUUGUCGUUGGGUUGCUAAGCACCACCUUCGGAGGUGCUUACAAACUUCAACAGCUGUAAUGGCUGCCCCAAGGAAGCGUGCCUUGCCCAGACCCCUCCCAGAUGACUUCAUACUCACAGACAGUGAGAAAAAGAAAUGGAGGCUGGGGAAGAUCAUCGGUCAAGGAGGCUUUGGACUGAUUUAUCUGGCCUCCCAGGAUGUAAGCAAGCCUGUUCCAUCAGACACAGACUUUGUCAUAAAAGUGGAGUAUCAUGAGAAUGGGCCCUUGUUCUCUGAGCUCAAGUUCUACCAGAGAGCAGCCAAACCAGAGAACGUGCAAAAAUGGAAGAGAGCAAAGAAGCUGAGCUUUCUGGGUAUCCCGACAUACUGGGGAUCAGGACUGGCCGAAUACAAGGACCUCCGGUACCGUUUCAUGGCCAUGGACCGGCUGGGUUGUGACCUUCAGAAAGUCUGUGAGCGCAACGGAGGUCGACUGAAGAAGACCACCGUACUCCAGCUUGGUAAAAGGCUGGUGGAUGUUCUGGAGUAUAUUCAUGAAAACGAGUAUGUCCAUGCUGACAUCAAAGCUGCCAACCUCAUGUUGGGUUACAGAGACUCAGACCAGGUUUACCUUGCAGACUAUGGACUCUCCUAUAGAUAUGCCCCUGAUGGAGUCCAUAAAGAGUACAAGGAAAACCCAAAGAAGAGCCACAACGGAACAAUUGAGUACACCAGCCUUGAUGCCCACAAUGGAGUUGCGCCUUCAAGACGUGGUGACCUCCAGAUCUUGGGGUUUUGUCUUCUUCACUGGUUAUGUGGGUCACUACCCUGGGACAACGUCCUCAAAAACCCCAUUCAGGUGCAAGAGGCCAAAAUCAAACUGAUGGAUAAUCUGCCUGGCUCGGUUCAGCAGCUGUCAGUGAGCGGAGCCAGCACAGAUGAGCUAGCUGAGUUUCUGAUUUACGUGAGAACUCUGGACUAUGACGAUAAGCCUGACUACAAGCUUCUUAAAGAGCUGCUGGACUGUCGUGUCAAAGGAGAACUUGACCUGUCUGCGCCUGAAGGUCACCAAAGGUCAGCCUCCAAGGAGUCUUCUAAAAGAGAGAAGCAGCAGAAAGGAGGAACAGCCAGAGGGCCCUGCAGAGUCAAGCUGGUGACUCCAGAGCUGGGCGAGGAAGAACUGGAGAGCCCAAAGCCCAAACCGGUGUCAGCGCGCUACAUAAGAGGCCCACCCCUGACUAAACCCGAGUCCAGUAAGAAGAAAGAGGUUUCUCCUGUUGGAAAGUAUUUACUGAGGUCGAGGCUCGCACGUAGGUAUGAAGAAAAAGAAGACAGUGAGGAGGAGGAAGAUGAGGAAGAUGAGGAGGAUGAGGAUGAGGAGGAUGACAGACCCAAACGUAUUCCUGCAUGCUACCUGAGAGGUCCUCCCAUUGGCCCUGGAGAUCAGCCCAAACAGAGAACUAAAUCCAAAAGACCCGACAACAAAACAGACGAGCAGACCAGGACCAUGGCGAGACGGGAACAUCAACGCAGCCUCCAUGGCGGGGCACGGUGUGACAGGGAGAGGCAGAUGCAUGAUGGGGAUUGCAGAGAAUGCUGGGAUGAAAGGCCGCAUCAGAACGGAGGGCGGUACUGCCACAUCCAUUCAAAGCAGAGCCAGAUCAUGUCAGAGUGCGAACCUGCCACCGUGCAGAGAAACUCCUGGAAGUCCAGGUUUGUCUGUGUGGGAUUCAUCCUUCUGGUGGGAGCUGCUUUUCUGUUCGCCGAAGUUCGGUUCAAUAGCAUAAGCGAUUUAUUAAGCAGGUAGAAGGUCAUUAUCUUUUUGUGCUGCUCCUCAGGUCUUCUGGGCGGCCAUUUUCACUGUAAUAGGCUGAAAUACAAAGAUGAGCAUCA